GCCCCCCCCGGCGGCGGCGGCGGCCUCCUCACGUGAGCGGCCGUCACGCGCCCCGCGCCGCACACGUGACCGGGCGCAGCGGCGGGAUGGCGCGGCGGUGCGGGGCGCUCCCCGCCGUGCUGUCGCUGUGCGCGGCCGCCUGGAGCUGCUGCGCCGCGGGGGUGGCCCUGGAGCGGGACCAGCCGUGCCGCCCGCCCCCCGGCUGGGCCCCCGCCGGCCGCGUGAGCCCCGUCCACGACGUGCAGCUGACCCUGGCGCUCCGGCAGCAGGGCACGGCGCGCCUCGCCCGCCUCGUCCGCGCCGUCUCGGACCCGCGCUCGCCGCGAUACGGCAGGUUCCUGUCCCUGGAGCAGCUGCGGGACCUUGUCCAGCCGUCGCCUGCCACGCUGAUGACGGUGCUGAAGUGGCUGCGGGGGCACGGCGUGGAGAGCUGCAGCAGCGUCGCCACCCUCGAUUUCCUGCAGUGCCACAUGCCGGCAAGCACGGCUGAGCGCCUCUUGCCUGGGGCUGAAUUCCACCGGUACGUGAAGGACCAGCGCAGCGUUGUGCGCUCCCCGCUCCCUUACACCAUCCCCGAGGAUCUGGCUGAGCACGUUGACUUCGUGGGUGGCCUGCAUCGGUUCCCUGCGGAGAGGAACGUGGUCAGCAGAGCCUGGGCCAAGGAGCAAGCAGAGCCAGGACAGCCCCAUGGACAGAGAGCGGCUUUCCACCUGGGAGUGACGCCAUCUGUCAUUCGGAAAAGAUACAACAUGACAGGAGGAGAUGUUGGGCUGCUGCCAAACAACAGCCAGGCCUGCGCCCAGUUCUUGGAACAGUACUUCCACCAGGCUGACCUGGCUGAGUUCAUGCAGCUCUUUGGCAGCAGCUUUGCCCACCACUCCAAGGUCGACCAAGUUGUUGGGCACCAGGGCUGGGGCAAGGCUGGGCUGGAGGCCAGCCUGGACGUGGAAUACAUCAUGAGCACGGGUGCCAACAUUUCCACGUGGGUCUUCAGCAAUGCAGGGCGGCAUGAAAGCCAGGAGCCCUUCCUGGCCUGGCUGCUGCUGCUCAGCAACAUGUCAUCACUGCCGUGGGUGCACUCCGUCAGCUAUGGGGACGACGAGGACAGCCUGUCGUUGGCCUACCUGCAGCGUGUGAAUGUGGAGUUCAUGAAGGCGGCUGCCCGUGGCCUGACUGUGCUGUUUGCCUCGGGUGAUGAUGGUGCUGGUUGCAGGAGAGUGCCAGGGGGGAACCACACUUUCCGGCCCAGCUUCCCGGCCUCGAGCCCCUAUGUGACCACCGUGGGUGGAACAUCCUUCAAGAACCCCUUCCUGGUGACUGCGGAGGUGACGGACUACAUCAGCGGCGGGGGCUUCAGCAACGUCUUCCCCAUGCCCGAUUACCAGGCCGCGGCGGUGAGGAGCUUCCUGCGCUCGGCUGCCAAGCUGCCCCCCAGCUCCUACUACAACAGCAGCGGCCGCGCCUACCCCGACCUGGCGGCGCUCUCGGACAACUACUGGGUGGUGACAAACCGCAUCCCGCUGCCCUGGGUGUCGGGCACCUCGGCGUCCACGCCGGUGGUGGCGGGCAUGCUGGCGCUCGUCAACGACCGGCGGCUGCAGCGCGGCCUGGCGCCCCUCGGCUUCCUCAACCCCGCGCUCUACCAGCUGCGGGAGCGGGGACACGGGGCUGCGCUCUACGAUGUGACGCAGGGCUGCCACCUCUCCUGCCUGGACGGCGCCGUGCAGGGACAGGGCUUCUGCGCCGGCCCCGCCUGGGACCCGGUCACCGGCUGGGGCACCCCCAACUUCCCCCGCCUGCUGCGCGCCCUGCUCGAGGCCUGACGGGGCCGGGCGGGGCGGGCGCGGCUCCAGUAAAGGCCCCGCGGCACCGGCCCGGCC